ACGUGUAAAUAGGUAUAAAAAUCGAUCAAAACCCAACAUAAAUCCUCCUGAUGACAAUUUUGAACAAAGUGUUGAUGAGCCUUCCGAAUCUUCUAAAUAUACUACUGAAGAAGACAAUAUUUCAGGUAGUAGUACAUCACCCGAUUAUAAGCCAUUUCAGGACCUACCAGAUCUAGGAUCAACAAUUGAUAACCGAAUUUUAUGGAUUUUGCUCUGGAUUAUGACAUUUCAGACAAGAUUCAACAUAAUGGAUACAGCAACUGAGGCUUUGAUAAAUUUAUGA